AGUUAGAGAACCUCCCUUGCUCACCAGGAACAGACUGACACCUCAUUCUCCAAAAGCAAGAAGAAUGUUAAAGAACUUGGUGGACAUGAACGCGUGAAACUUCUCCAUCAGGCCUCACAACUCAUGGUUUAAGGGCGUUUCAGGUGGAUUUUUUCAUGCAUUCUUAUCUUUAAGGAUUUUAGGAGUGCCCAAGUGUCCUUGAUCUCAGAAAGCAGCCAUGCGCUAUCUCUUCAUUUUAGGAUUCAUAGUGCUUUUAUGUAGUUUACAAAUCGAGGCUACCUCGAAUCGCUGUGAUGAGCCACGCACUGUUCGCCAGUCCACAGUGUGCACGUCCUGCGCUGCUGCACCUGCUAUAGUCUGCCCACAAGGCUUCAAGAAGACGUUGACUGAUGCUGAGUGCCGCUACAAGGUGCAGGUUGGUGACCGCCUGAUGGAGCUUCCUGGCUGCUCUCGCUUCUGUGAGAACGUCGCUCUCAUCAAGCGAUGCUGUCCUGGCUUUUUUGGGUCUCUGUGUUCAUCAUGUCCUAGCGUGUCAGGGAAAGUGUGUAACUGGCAUGGUACCUGCAUGGAUGGUGAAUCGGGGAACGGCACCUGUGUGUGUGAGGAGGGCUACACUGGGUUUGCGUGUGAAAAAUGUUCUAAUGGGAAGACCUAUGGUGAGCGCUGCAGCUCAGUGUGCGAUUGCGGGCACGGAGAAUGUAAUUCUGGUCCAAAUGGAGACGGACGGUGUUACUGUCAACCACCAUAUUCAGGACCAAAGUGUGACCAAGUUACGUCCUCCUGUUCAGAUUGCAGUCCCUACUCAUAUUGUAAAGGAGAGGGUCCGAGUGCUCAGUGCGAAUGUCUUCCAUCAUUUUCAAAAGUUGGACGCACCUGUGUAGGUGUUUGCACGAAGGAUGUUUGCGACAUAAAUGCAGAUUGUUCGUAUAAGGGUGCAGGGCAAUUUCAGUGCACAUGCAAAACUGGCUUCGAGGGAGAUGGCAAAUUCUGCACCCCGAUCAACUCUUGUUCUGGGGAUAAUGGAGGCUGUCCGACAAACUCCACUAUUUGUGAAAACACAGGACCAGGCCAAUCAAUAUGUGUAUGUAAGAGCGGGAUGGAAGGAAAAGACCCUCGUGCUGGCUGUAAGCUGAAAUCUGCCUAUAAGGAAAACACAUGCCACAGGACUGCACGAGCUGAAACUGGCCAGGAUGGAACAGUCAGAUGUAUUUGCAAUCCUGGACAGAUCGGCGAUGGGUGGCGCUGUUAUGGAGAUAUCAUGGAGCGUGUUUUGGAACUGGAUCGGGAAGGCCUCCAGGCAGGAAACCUCACCGGAAGCAUUGCAUUGUUCGAGAGAGGAUGUAAUCUCAUUCUGAGCAAACAUGGGCCAUUUACAGCUUUUAUCCCAGUGGACACAUCACAAAUAUCUAUUGGCAAACUUAAUCAGCCAAGAAGAGCAGAAGCCAUCUGCAAACACCACCUCAUUCUCGGCCAACGUCUUUACAAAGAUUUGGAAGGUCGAGAUUUAUGGACAUAUGGAGGGGAACUUAUGAGAUUUAAACCAAACAAGAAGUUUAUUUCAAAAAAUGAUCCUGAUACACUGUUCACCAUAAUCAAAAGUGACAUACCUGCAUCCAAUGGAAUUAUCCAUAUAGUGGACAAAGUGUUUACUUUUGCAACUGUUGACACCUCAGACAGCGUUGAGUUUUCUUCAAAAACCAUCGGCGACAUUCUUGCAGAAGAUGCCAGAUUCAAUAGAUUUGUAUCUCUGAUAGAUAACUGUGGAGCUCCAAUGCCACUCCAAGGUCCAGGGCCACUCACACUGUUUGUCCCAACCAAUAAAGCUGUGGACAGAUCUAGGGAUGGUAGUAUUAUAUACAUGCUAAAGGAUGCCAAGCACAAACUUCAGGAGCUUCUGAGGCACCAUAUGUUCUCUCAGGCAGCAGUAACCGUGGACCAGUUGGCAAGCAUGACAGAGAUCCAAACCAUGGCUAAUCAAGUCAUACUGAUCAACGUCACUGGUGAUGGAAGAGUUUUGCUUACUGAAAAAGGAAUUCACCUUGAUGUGAAAGAUAUUGUUGCAUCCAACGGAAUUAUUCACAUGAUUGAUGGACUUCUUGUGCCGCCGUCCAUCGUUCCGAUCAUGCCUCAUCGGUGUGAUGUUAAUGAGACCACCAUCAUUACGAGUCCAUGCGUAAUGUGCAAAUUCAUUGCUGAGUCACACUGUCCACCUGGAAGUGAAGAACAGACUGUCCGCUUUCAUAAUUGUGAUCCUCUUCCUGAUCCACGAUGGAAUGAUUUUACCAGCAUACGAGGGUGUGCGAAAUACUGCAAAGCAAAACGAACGAGGGCUGAAUGCUGCAAAGGCUUUUUUGGGCCUGACUGUAAACCCUGUAUUGGAGGUUUCCAACACCCGUGUUAUGACAAAGGCACUUGCUCUGAUGGCAUUUAUGGAGAUGGCUCAUGUAAAUGUAACCCAGGCUUUAUGGGCAUUGGGUGCCACAUCUGCUCUAACCCAAAGAAACAUGGAGAAAGCUGUGAUGAAGAUUGCCGUUGUGUUCAUGGCGUGUGUGAUAACAGGCCUGGCAGUCAGGGUGUGUGUCGUAGGAACUCCUGUCAGUCUGGAUACACUGGAGAGCUUUGUGAUCUUACAGCCACGCCCUGUGAUUCAGACGGUGCCUCUGAACACUGCCAUAUCCAUGCUUACUGUACACGCGUUGAUGGCAUAAACACGUGUGUAUGUAAGCCGGGAUAUGAUGGCGAUGGAUACUCCUGCACUGAAGCCAACCUGUGCCUGAAAUCCGACAGAGGAGGAUGCCACAUAAAUGCACAGUGUGUAUAUGCAGGCCCUGGAAACGUGUCAUGCGUGUGUAAUAAGGGAUGGAGGGGUGAUGGUGUUGUGUGUGUGGAGAUCAACAACUGUUUAACAGAGAAUCGUGGAGGGUGUCAUGAACAGGCUGAAUGCACCCACACCGGACCUGGCCAGAGUGAAUGUGCCUGUAAGGAAGGAUUCAUGGGAAAUGGCAUCAUGUGUCAGAUCGUUAAUCCCUGUCUGACAGACAAUGGAGGCUGCCACGCCAUGGCAAAAUGUUUGUUUAAUAACAGCGGCAUACACGAGUGUGUUUGUCCAGAAGAUCAUGCAGGAGAUGGCUUAACAUGCUAUGGGAACAUACUGAUGGAAAUAGAUGGAAACUCAGAUUUCUACACUUUCAACCGCUAUUUACAAAGACACCCAGUGAUCAGUGCUGAGAGCAAUGUGACUGCUUUAGUUCCAUCCAGGGAUGCAUUUAAUAAUCUGACUGAUGCAGAAGAGCUGUUUUGGACCGAUAUGUACCGUCUUCCUUACCUCCUGCAAGCUCACUUCUUGGAUGGCAUUUACACCUAUGAUGACUUGACGAAGCAGGUCAAUAAAACAGUCCCAACUAAAUCCAAGACAAAAUGGGAGAUCACGAUUAACAAUGGGGAGCUUAUGAUUGAUAAUGCUGCUAUUCUUGUCCCUGAUCUCCAAGCAACCAAUGGGUUCAUUCACAUCAUCAAUACAGUUCUGAAACCACCCCUUUCGGACAUCCCCCCUCCUCCCCCUGACCUGAUGGAGGUCCUCAAUAAGACUCCCUCAUUCAGCCUGUUCAGAGAAGCAGCACUGCUGUACAAUUUAACAGAAAACAUCUCAACGAGGUACUUCACUAUCUUUGUUCCAUCUGACAGAGCAGUGAAGGAGUACUUGGAGAAAACUAAUUCUACAUGUCUGGAGGAAAACGUUGUGAAAUAUCAUGUCAUUACGAAAGAGCAGCUUUUCCCUGAACACUUGACUGAUGGGACGUUAAAAAAUACCCUUCUUGGAAAUGACUAUCAAGUCAUGAUUCACUUAAACAGUGAAAAUAAGACACUCAUUAAUGAUGUAGCAUUGGAUGGGAACUUCACCGAGAUAAGACUCGGUGUCCUUAUCAGCAUCUCCCAGGUUUUAACGAUUCACAAAAACUACUGCAGCAAAGACAUGUACAUGAAAACCUUUGGACGGUGUUCUGCGUGUGACACGGCUCCCAAAUGCUCGUAUGGCAGCAGGCCUGUGAAGGACACGUUCCCUUUGAAUAUGAAGCCCAACUGUAAAUACAGGAAGAGAGUAGGAAAAAGGAGAAAAUCGGUGCCAGGUUGCAUGAUAGACUGUGUAAAUAAAAUAAAGGAUCAUUCCUGCUGCCCUGGGUACUUUGGACUUAACUGUUUUAAAUGUCCUGGAACUGUGGACAACUGGUGCUCGAACAACGGCAAAUGCCAGGAUGGCAUUUUGGGCAAUGGGGAGUGUCUGUGUAAUGAAGGGUUUCAUGGCACAGCAUGUGAAAUGUGUGAGCCUGGAAGAUAUGGCAAAGACUGCAAAUCAGAAUGUUAUUGUGAGCAUGGAAAAUGUCUGGAUGACAUAGAUGGGAAUGGAAAGUGCAUCUGCUACAAGGGUUGGAAAGGAGUGAACUGUUCCGUCGAGAUCGUUAAUGAUGAAUGCGGAGGCAUUUGUGAUCAAAAUGCCAACUGUUUUUCUCCAAGUUCAGGAGUGAAACCAACAUGUGUCUGUGCAGCAGGUUACCAUGGAAACGGCACCUUCUGUCAAGAAACGAACUUGUGUGCCAUUAAUAAUGGUGGCUGCUCAGAACAUGCAAUAUGCACAAAAAUCUCACCUGGAGAAAGGAGCUGCACAUGCAAUAAAGACUACACUGGAGAUGGAACUGUGUGUCUGGAGAUGGACCCCUGUCUUGUUAAUAACGGAGGAUGUUCUGAAAAUUCAGAUUGCAUCAAAACUGGACCAAACACAGCUGCAUGUGUUUGUAAAACGGGCUUUGCUACAAAAAGAAAUUUCUGCAUACCGAUAAAUCUCUGCCUAAAGGACAAUGGAGGCUGUAGCCCCAAUGCUAUGUGCCAAUACAGUGGCCCGGGUGAGAGGAACUGCACAUGUCGAUAUAACUACAAAGGAAAUGGUAUUGAGUGUAUGGGCUCUGUCAGUAGAGAGCUUCUUCACAAUCCGGCUGCUAAUUGGUUCCGGAAAAAUCUUGCACAAUCAGGAGUCAAGGAUUUGUACAGUAGAGGGCCUUUCACCUUGUUUGUGCCUCACACAGAUUACAGUGGAAAUUAUUCGCUUGAUCUAUGGGAGCAUAAAAACCGCAGCCCAGAUCUUUUGCGAUACCACAUUGUAGGCUGCGAAGAAAUAUCUGAAACACAACUUAGGUCUAUCACACGUGUGGUCGCUGCUUCUGGGCAUGUGUUGAAUUUCAGCGUACGAGAUGGUGCUGUGUACAUUAACGGCAAUGCAAAAAUAGUCAUUAGUGACUAUGAAUGUUCCAAUGGAGUCAUACAUUUCAUAGAUAAAGUGCUUAUCCCAUAUGAACUGAAGAACAAAACUGAAGGGGUUGCAGAAUCUUUGAAUGUCACCAGUGCAUCAGAAGCAUUUGGAUAUACUGUGUUUAGCAAGUUAUUACAGAAAGCCAACUUGAUGGAUAUGCUGCAGCAUAAAGCAUUUCAGCCUUUCACCAUGUUCUGGCCUACUGACAAAGCAUUCAAUAGUCUACCACAGGAGCAGAAGAACUGGCUGUAUAGUAAAGAUCAUCUUGACAAACUGCAGGCCUACUUGAAAUUUCACAUAAUUCGUGACCAGCGAACGGUUGCUAUUGCCCUGCCGACAGAAAAAUCUGCCCGAUCGAUGUAUGGAGCAUCGCUGACUUUCAGUUGUAGCCAAGAUUUAACUGGAGAAAUUUUAAUCAAUGGAAAUGAUGCCAAGAUUGUCCAACGCCAUCUGCAAUUCCUUUCGGGAAUGGCCCAUGGGAUUGACAAGGUCCUAGAGCCCCCAAAUAUAGGGGCGCACUGUGAUAACUUUACAUCAUUGGAGAUUAAAGGUCGCUGUGGGUCUUGUAGAUAUCCACCACCUUGCCCCUAUGGCACUGUGUUCACUAACAAAACCAGUACGUGUAGUGGAACAUGGAGUCCUUACAGACGCCAUUAUUUUUAUGAUGAUUUCGAUUUUUCUGCCACUUUUCCUUUUCGUUCUUUUGGCUGUAGCCGAAUGUGCUCAAAAAUGUCAUGGGUUUCAAAGUGUUGUAAGAACCACUAUGGACAAAACUGUCAAGUCUGUCCUGGGGGCUUGGAGGCACCUUGUGGAGUCCAUGGUGAUUGUAAUGAUGGGCGAUAUGGGACAGGGACUUGUAAAUGUCACAAAGGUUUUAAUGGGACAGCAUGCGAGCUGUGUGAGAAGAACCAUUAUGGCUUUAACUGUACAGCCUGUACAUGUACCGUUAAUGGGAAGUGUUACGAUGGCAUAGAUGGUGAUGGCAGCUGUUUCUGCAAGGAGGGCUGGACAGGAGUGAUGUGCGAGUCCAAAAUUGUUGAGAAGCCAGUAUGUUCUCCUGAGUGCCACUCUAAUGCUGUGUGCCAGCCUGAGAAUCAGUGCCAAUGUGAACCACCAUAUGUAGGAAAUGGCUAUAUUUGCACAGCUCCAGAUUUGUGUAGUGAAUAUAAUGGAGGCUGCCAUGAGCAGGCUAACUGCACACAGUCUGAGGUCAAUGUGAUAUGCACUUGUAAAGCAGGCUACACUGGAGAUGGCAAUAUCUGCUCCCCCAUCAACCCCUGUGUUGAGGAAAUUAAUGGUGGCUGCAGUGAUUUUGCAAACUGCAUUUUCACUGGGCCUAAUGAACGGCGAUGUGAAUGUCAUCAAGGGUACGUUGGCAAUGGAGUCCAGUGCUUUGAGAAGGUGGUGCCGCCUGUCGAUCGCUGUCUGGAGAACAAUGGAGACUGCCAUGCUAAAGCAAUCUGCAAAGACUUGCAUUUUCACACCAAAACAGCAGGUGUCUUCCACUUGAGAUCAUCAGCUGGGAAGUAUAAGAUGAACUACAGCACAGCAGAGGCUGCCUGCAAAGCUGAUGGAGCCAUGCUCGCUACUCUUAACCAACUCUCUGAUGCCCAACAGUUGGGUAUGCACUUGUGUGUUGCUGGAUGGAUUGAUGGGAAAAAAGUUGGUUAUCCUAUCCGCUUUCCAUCUCUCAAAUGUGGUGACAAUCAGGUGGGUGUAAUCCAGUACAAGGAUCCUGAUGUAAACACUCCUUAUGAUGCGUACUGCUACAGAAUAAGAGAGGUAACAUGUGAAUGUGGAUUUGGAUAUGUUGGCGAUGGAGAAUUCUGUAACGGCAAUCUUGCCUCUGUCCUUGCUACCCAUUCAAACUUCUCAGUGUUUUACUCCAUGUUAGUGAAGCAUGCAGAGGCGGCUGAGGAGGGGAAAAAGCUCUUGAACCUCUUGUCAACAAGUUCAUCAAACACAACACUUUUUGUUCCACAUAACGCUGGAUUUUCUGCUAAUGAGACUCUGUCACUUAGGGAUAUGGAAUAUCACGUAUCCUCAAACAACAUCCUUCACUACUAUGAAGAUCUGAAACACAACACAGUAAUCCCAUCUCAGCUGGGUUAUAAUCUUAAAGUCGUAAUAGCAACAAACAACCAAACACAAGCUGAGGAUUCUCCACCAGCAAAAUUGGUCAAUAAACGGAUGAUUUUAAUUUGGGAUAUUCCAGCCACUAAUGGUCUGAUCCACAUAAUUGAGGGACCGAUCAAAGCACCUCCUGUGACCCCUCCAACACCUUCAGCUGUCCACUCGCAGUCCAGCGCACCCACUGUGACUGCUGUAUUGAUCAUUAUUUUUAUUGGAGGUGUUAUUGCUGGUGUGGCAUAUUAUUUCCUGAGACAUAAGAAUGAUGCCUUUAGCUUCCAGUAUUUUAAGAAUGAUGAUGAAGAUGGUACGUCCACUAAGACCAGUGCCAAUCCUGCUAUUGUGUCCAUCCCAAACCCUUUAUACAGUGGAUACAGGGCAUUUGCUGAGCCAUUUGGGGAAGGAGAACAAUGUGAAUCACCUGCAUCGGUUGCAGCAGACACACCAAACCUCUUGGACUAGCACUCAGAAUUCCAAUUUUUAAAAUCAAUGUUUUAAUCAGAAUUUGACAAACAUUUCCUGUAAGCAUGUUGUGUCUGGUAUAUAAGCCUUAACCUUUGCCCUUCAGCUAUGUUCAUUAAUUAAGACACCCAAAGGUUGAAGAUUUAGAACGAUAGAGUUAUAUUACAUUUAAUCUGAUGAUCAUGAGACCGAAUACAGUGCAAGAACAGAGCUCAGUAGUUGAUGGUUAAGCUUCUUACUCAAUGGUUUCUCAGUCUUCAAACAUUUUUCAAACUUUGUAAAGAUUGUAAGAUCUCAGCCAGUAAAAAUGGUUUGAAUCCAGAACCAAAAAUCUGCUGCUUCCAAUUAUCACUGACUUUAUUGGAAUAGACUGGCAUUAUUAAUAAAUGGAAUUAUUUCAUAGUCAUAGAAUUGUGUAAGUUAUUUACAAAACUGCCAGUAAUAUAAAAUGUCAAUGCUUUAAUGUUGUGAUUCAUUAAAAAAAAAAAUCAUUGCAA